CACGGAUCCCCACAUCCACAAUGCCCACAUGCCCAUGUACUCCGUAUGUGGUACGACCAACUAGCCGAGUGGAUUUUGGUAUAAACCAUUUUCCGCGGACGCCUGAUUUUCUCAGUUUUCUCAGAGUUGUGGAGCCGUCGAGAACGCGGAACUUUCGCAUGAGAAGUCGCAGCAUUCGUCGAUUUCCGCCGGAAUUCAGCGUUCAAUUUGCCACUUAUAGAGUACAGCCGGCACAUUCCCCUAGUUACACAGACAGAUAUAACCAGACGGAUCCGGAAAGAACACAUAUUGUACAGCCGAAACAGCGCACACCUUCCCGGCUGAUCCCCAUCCGAUCCCAGAGAUCCAAGAUAUCCAAGAGAUCCCAGAGAUCCAAGAUAUCCAAGAGAUCCAAGAUAUCCAAGAGAUCCCAGAGAUCCAAGAGCUAG